AUGAAUGGCCAAGCAAAGAGCUUUGAUGAGUGCUCGAGAAGGAUCAAGGAGGAGGUGAUGUUGAUGAUAAAGAGGGCGAGGAGGGAGGAAAAGGAGAUGAAUCUACUUACGGAGGAAGCGGGUGGUCACCUCUUGCCUAGUCGAGGACGACGUGAUAUAUCCGCCAAGAUGGGGAUGCAGGUACCUCUCCUGGGUCAGGACACUGACAGCCUCGAAAGACAACCCCCUGCAGAACCUCCACUGGAAGAGUGGCAGGCGGACGGGUGGUGA